AUGCCAGAGUUCACCGUUGAAGACGUGGCACUGCAUAAGUCGCGUGAUGACCUGUGGGUUAUCAUCCACGGAAAGGUCUACGACCUCACCCAAUACCUCCGAGACCAUCCCGGCGGCGCUGAUGUUCUGAUCGACGUUGCUGGAACCGAUGCCACUGCCGCAUACGAAGAUGUCGGACACUCCGAAGAUGCGGACGAAAUCAUGCAGACGUAUCUCAUCGGCACAGUCAAGGAUGCACAGCAGUUCGUGCGCAAGGCCGCCGUGCGCGUCAUCCAGGCCGUUCCUCCACCAGUUGUUGCAACAGCAGCAAAGUCGAGUUCUAGGACGCGCGCGGUGGUCACCACUGGGUCAGCCGCCGGUCUCUUGAGCCUGCUAUAUUGCCUGCGUCCCCGUAACGGCUCGUUGCAGCCCCAAAACACAAUCCGCGAGGCCUUCGCUCGCCUACCCCGAGGCACGCAUCUCCUCCCCGCCGCCAUCACCAACCUCCGUCUCCCCCACGGUGGCUUCGUCAACGGCUUCGCAGCCGCGGCGCUCAUCUCCGCCACCAUCGGCACCAUCGCCGCCGUGCAGCUCUCCAAGCUCACGCAGAUCGACUCCGGCUUUGCCAAAUACCCUCCGCACAUGAAAUCGCGCCGCCUGCCCAAGCCCGAUCCCCACAACAUCCCCGGUUUCCUCGUCCCCAAGGACUACAAGACCCUCCCCCUGGUCCAAAAGGACGUCCUCGCCCCGAACGUCUACCGCUUCGUGUUCCAGCUCCCCAACGCCACCGACAUCAUCGGCCUCCCCAUCGGCCAGCACGUCGCAAUCAAGGCCAUCGUGAACGGCCAAACCGUCUCCCGCUCCUACACCCCGACCUCCAACAACCUCGACCGUGGCCGCCUCGAGCUCGUCAUCAAAUGCUACCCAGACGGCCUAUUGACGGGCCAGUACCUGGCCAACCUGCAAGUCGGGGAGGAAGUCCUCUUCCGCGGGCCCAAGGGCGCCAUGAAGUACAAGCCCAACAUGUGCAAACGCAUCGGCAUGAUCGCCGGCGGCACAGGCAUCACACCCAUGUACCAGCUCAUCCGCGCGAUCUGCGAGGGCGACACCGACACCACGGAGAUCAGCCUCGUGUAUGCGAACCGCGGCGAGGAGGACAUCCUGCUGCGCGUGGAGCUGGAAGCCUUUGCGAGGAAGUAUCCGAAGCAGUUCCGCGUGUAUUAUAUGCUGGAUAACCCGCCGAAGGGGUGGAAGUAUGGGAAGGGAUAUGUCACGCCGCAGAUCAUGGAGGCGUAUCUGCCCAAGUCGGCGGCGGAUACUAAGAUCAUGCUGUGUGGUCCGCCGGGGAUGGUGAAUGCGGCGAAGAAGGGGCUGGGGGGGUUGGGCUUUGAGAUGCCCGGGGCGGUUGCGAAGGUGGGAGAUCGGAUAUUCUGUUUCUAG